CGGUCCAUGUAGACACCUGAUCGAUGGGCAAGGCAGAAGAUAAACAAGUAUUUGGGCAAAGUUUUUGCUCAAACGAAAGUGAAUAUCGGUCAUCUUAGGGUCGCCAACAUCCCUACAGUCCAUAUGCUAUACAAGGCAUGGCAGAGAGACAGGACAAUGAGGUGGAGGAGGCUGACCAGAUCUACCUGCUGAUGAAAGAGGAGUAUCGCAUUUCUAGGAAUGUGCGUCUGGCGUGGUUUCUUAGUAAACUUAACCAAGUGAUCUGGCCAGUCUCCAAGCCUGAACUGUUGAACUCAGAGAAUGAACUAGACCUGCUGAGCAUUUUACCUAAAGGAUGGCAGCCAGAUUUCUCCCCAACCACGUACCCCUAUAUGUUGAUGCCGUCCACACGGGCCACCUUCCUGGCUCGGAGGUACCGCUUCAUCAUAGAACUGGACCUCAGCCCCUCCACAGGGAUUGUGGAUGACAGCACAGGGGAGAUGAUCUUUGAUGAGGUGUUCCAUGCUUUGUCAAGAUGUCUUGCUGGUCUGGUUCAGCCCUUCAAAGUCCCUGGAACUGAUCAAGUCUUCAAGCCCAAGAUCUUCAUCACCAUCUUGGCAUACUCAUCGAUAAUUGGGCUCAGCUCUCAUCAGGUUCUGGUGCAGGGCUGCCAACUUGAUCGAACAGACCUGGACGAGUUUCUGAAUCACAUCUAUCAGCAGCUCCGAGCAGUAGAAAACAACAUCGCAGAGGUCCUUCAUCAGCAGCAUGAACAGUCUGUGGAGCCAGUUCAAAAUUCAAGUCUGAAUGGUGUAGAUGAGCAACCGUACAGGAAACAGGGCGUUACCAUGGUUUCUGCAGACAUGGGACUGGUCAGCAUGGUACGCCAGGGCAUCUUAGCUCUUCAGUUACUGCCUCCAAACUCCAGUGCAGGAAUCAUUAUCAUCACAGAUGGAGUGACCAGUGUUCCUGAUGUAGCGAUGUGUGAAACUUUGCUGAACCAGCUCAGGAGUGGAACCAUCGCCUGCUCCUUUGUACAGGUGGGCGGUGCUUACUCUUACGACUGUAGUUUUGGCUACAUUCCUAACGUGGAGCUGAUGAAGUUCAUCUCAUUAGCCACCUUUGGCUCAUACCUGCCCAGCUGUCCUGAAGUGGACCUGGAUAGUCAAGAGAUGAAUGCCUACCACAAGGCUUUCUUAACCUAUUCCUUCCUGAAGACCCCUGAGUCGAUGAACUCAGAGUACUUCUGUGUUUCCCAGCACAAGCUGUUCAAUGAACACCUGGUCUCGGCCAGCGGUAACCCAGCCCUGGUAAUGCGAAGGAAGAAGCACACAGAGAAGGAGGUCCACGCCCAUUUGAUCAGCGUGGUGUCAGUGCGUUUGAGGGAGGGCUACACCAUCCGAGAGAUCAGCCUCACCAAAGGUGGGACUCAGCUGGAAGUGAAGCUGGUGUUGCUGUGGAAGCACAACAUGCACAUCGAGUACCUAGCUGCCGCCUCUUGGCCACUGGACCUCUCCAAGCGAACCACCAGGGUCGAGGUGACGAUGGAGGGAAGCUACGACAUCCUGCACGACAUCAGUUGCACCCAGAGGAAACCCAUCACUAGCCCAUAUCGCACAUCCGUCAUCCGCCGCUUCUGGAACACGCUGCAGAGUAUCAAUCAGACUGAUCAGAUGUUGGUUCACCUUCAGUCAUUUAAUUCGAUUCCUGAGAACUACAUGAUUCCAGAAAGCACCAAAAAUGGAGUUCCUCUGUUCUACAUACCUCCUGGUUCUACUACCCCGGUUCUCUCCCAGCAGCACAGUGGAUCCAAAGACUCGUCUCAGUCUCAGUUUGCUUCCUAUUGGAAACCUAUACUUUCUAUGGAUGCCAACUUCUGGCAGAGAUGGCUGCACAUGCAUCGCAUCGCCAUCAUCCUUGAACAUGACAUGCCUGUUCCCAAACACCUGCACACAGCUGGAAACAACGGGCGAUACAGCACCAUCCAGUGUCGUAUCUCACACUCUGCUCUCACAUCUCUGCUGAGAGACUGGAGCAGCUUUGUUCUGGUGGAGGGGUAUUCUUAUGUCAAGCUCAUAUACAGCUCUUCUGACCAGCCUCCCACUUCCUUCUACUUGGUCCGUCUCAUCUCAAAGACGCCCUGCAUGGUGCUGCGUCUGGGAUUCCCUAUUGGCACCCCAGCCCAUGUUCGAAAUAAGAUUGUGGAUGAGCUGCGAGAGCAGAUCCUCAAACUCCGCUUCCCACAUCGUGUUCAGAAUAAAGAGGCCACGCCCAAGACUAAGAGGAAGGUUGUCGGUCACCCGUCACCUUCCAAAUCCCCCUCCAUCCCUGCUCCCAAGCCUGCUUUGUCGGACAGACCCUGUGUGGUUGUGCUCAAUAAGCCUCUGGAGAAACUGCUCAUCAGGUAUGAGAAGCUGCCAUUGGAUUUCAGGACCCCGUUCAUCUUUAACAUGGAGAACUUUCCGCAUCCUUCCAGCAGCGCCGUGCCUCUCAGUAUGGCAGCCAAUCGGACGGCUUCUUCCACUCUUGCCUCUUUGUCGCGCUACUUCCUGCAUCAGCGCUGGGUGUGGGCUGUGCAGAGCAGCCAGGGCCCGGCUGUAGCCAUGCAGGCCAUUGCUCACAUCCUGUCCAUGCUGUCUGAGAUCCGUCUGUCAGAAGGCUUUCACUUUGCUGCCAGUGGAGACGGCAUUGUAAACAUGGUGAUUGAGCUGCCCAUGAAGGGGAUGUCGGGGGAUACAGACAGGGAGAGUCACUCCUGUAUUGUUCAAUACAUCUUGUUCCCGCCUCAUUCUACAUCCACAAAAGACAGCUUCUCCACUGAUGACGACAAUGACACAGAGGUGGAGGCAGUUGACAUGGACACAGAUCUCAACCUUGUGACUGAAUGCUGGGUAGAACCACAGAGUGGAACGGUGAUGAACUGCAUGGACCAGCACCGCCACUUCCAGGGCCUCAAGUACCAGGAGGUCCCUCAGGCAAUCUUUCCCAGAGAUUUGGCCUGUAUGUCCACCAUGAUGACCUUUGAAUAUCUGAGCCAGCUGUGCCAGAAUAAGGAUCAGGUUUGCUCACUGCCAGCUGGACUCAAGGAUGUGAAAGGAGAGGCCCUGGCUUCUGACAGCAUCCACAUGGUCCCGUUCCAGUUUGACCUCAUCCAGCUGCUUCCCAAAUGCCAGCAGGUCGAGCUGUUCUUCCUCACUUUUAGCACAGUGGUGGAGAACGACGAGCAGCUCCACGGCUCCCCCUGCCUGCCCAACGAGCUCCUGCUCAGCCUCUUCCACAGCAGCCUGGAGCAAGAGCUCAGUGACAGAGAAAUCCCUCUUGUCGACAGCGACCACGUCACCUUCAUGCAUCACAUCUUAGAGCGGGAACGGGACGGCCACGUGGCUCCUUUCUCCUUACCUGUAAUUAAAGAGGAGUGUGUUAAACCUCCAGACAGACAGGACACGAUGACUUCAUUUCACACCACUGGCAGCAGCAAAGAGGUGAUGGGAUCUACCAGCACUUUACAGAGUUUCAGUAAUGCAGAUCUUGUGGAUGAGGAGCCCCUGCUGGGAGAAAGGAGCUGUUCUACCCCACAGUGGAGGUGUUACGCCAAGUACAUCAGUUCUCAGCAGAUCCUUCUCACCUUCCUCCCUGCUACUUUCACAGAUGUUCUGAUGUUAAUGGCGUCUGGGCUGGAGACAGAGCCUCAGAGUAACAUCAGCACACAGGAGGAGGACACCCUGACGGCCAGUAACAAAUCCCAGGCCGACUCUCUGUCUGGCUCCACCAGUGGGCUGGAGAGGUCCGAGUCCGGCCUCAGUCUGACCACUAAGAUGCGACGGAGCUCCAGCAGUGGACACUUUACUGCCAGGUCCCCUGUGUUCUCACCAUGGUCUGAGAGCCAGACUGCGCCCACUGACCCCCUCAAUGUGGACCAGGACGCCUGGGACGGCAGGGUGUCUGAGACGGAGACCGGAACCUCAGGCUCAGAUUUUGGGGAGAAAGACGGAGUCCAGUUCUCUGAACCACAGAAGGCAGAUUUUCACAUCAGCUUCAGCCGACAGGUGUCCCAGCAGAGCACCAGUGACAGCAGCCAGCUCAGGUGUCCCGUCUAUGUCUACAACUGUUCCCUGGAGCAGCUGAAGGAGCAGCUGGUACACCCUUCCUCCAGCCGCCAGCCCAGGGACAUCUUCUUCAGACCUCAAGAUGCUGAAUCCUGGGAGAUGUAUCAGCAGAUGAAGUUCAGGUCACUCUCUCAGGACCGCAGCAGUCCAUCUCCAUGGACCGACCUCCUGACUCAGCCCCACAAACACAAAGACCUGGCCAACUACUGCAGCCUACUGCAGGAGCAUUACCAUCAGAGCUACGUCAAAGGUGUGUACCGGAGCCUGCAGCAGUCGUACAACAUCAGCUCUCAUGACGUCCUGAUGGCCAUGGACUACUGCGAAGAGUCUCUGCAGGAGAUAGAUGUCACCUCAUUCCUGCAGACCCUCUGUGGACACAUCAGGGUCUUCAGGGAGCUUGGUGGGGCUCCAGGAUGGAGAGGGGACUCCAAACCUUCAAGGAGCCACACUACUUUUAUCAUCGGAGAGACUGAAGAGGACCGGACGGACGACAGGUCCGCCAUGGUGUCUUUAUCCAGUGUCGACAUGGACGAUGCCAGUGAAGCUGAAAGUCGAGGGAAGUCUUCUGCUCCUACAUCUCCACUGAUCCUGGAUGAGUCCACCGUGGCCAAGGUCCCAGAAUUCCCUCUGUCUCUGCUUCAGACGCAGCAGAAAUGUGAAGUUUACCCAGAUCUGCACAAAAUCAUACAGGAUAAAUUCAUGGAGAUCGUGUCACAGUAUUUCAAAACUGUGCCCUCCAAUCCACAUUACUUCUUCUACUGCCCAUCAUCCUCAAAGAAAGAACUGGAUUCAGAGGACGGUGAGAUGGAGAGGAGACCGAGUGAGGAGCUGGUAUCAGAGGCAGAGCCGGCUACUGAAGAUGAAAAUGUGUCAGGCUGCUGCGUCAUGACAGAGAGCGAUACAGAUCUGGUGGUGGAGUAUGAGGAGCAUCCAGGCACCAGACCCCAGGUAGAUGGUGAAGACCAGUCCCUGUCAGACUCCAACACUGUCAACCAGGACCAGGACUCGUUCAGCAUCCUGGAGGGAGACUCCCUACUGGAACAGGAGGGAGCACAGCUGGAUAUGCCACCACUGUUUGUUCACGUCACAUGUUCUGUCAACAUGAAAAGCAGCCACGGCUCCAUGCCCAUACAAUCCCUGCCUACCUGCCUUGGUGAGCUCAUUUCCUGUCUGGAGAACGCUGAGGCCUUACAGUCUGUGGAUCUGAAUGAGCUCUCAGUUACGUUAGAUAUUUUUGUCCUGACACUGCCUCUGGAGAUUGAAGUCAUGGGGGAUUUCCAUCACAAUAGAUAUACCUCAGAAAGCAGCGUGUCUCUGAACCGCUCUCCAGGCCAGCCCUCCUCGUAUCGGUCUGAUGAGGAGCUCAUGGCAGCACUGGACGGUCUGAGGGGAACGGGUGUUGAUGGAGUCUCUGGAGAUUCUUUGUCCAAACUUCCACUUCCUCAUAAGUUAGCGAUUCUGGCUACAAUGGAUGAGAUUCGCUGGCUGUUGGAGGAUGAGAUUGUUUCCGCCCUGCGUCACUCUCGGGUCAUCAGCUCAGCCACACUGCAGAAAGUAGCUGAGCAUGUUUUGCGCUCCAGUGGUCGACCGCACUGUCACUGUGAAGAUGUGCCACUUCAGUUUGUCUUCGGACCGGAGCAGUCUUUGGAAAAAUUCAAAGAGGAGUUCCGCAGGAUGUCUUUCUCCGGCUACGUGUUGAAUGGCGAACAUAACGGUUUCUACUACAUGUCACUGAGUCGGCUGCAUCCUCAGAGGAUCCACGCCGCCAAGAAACUAUCUGAAAGCACUGCAGAUCCCCCAGCUCCAGAGUCCACCGGUGUUCUGCAGGCGGAGGAGGCCAUUCUAGGGAGUGAGGUGGACACUCAGGCAGUAGAGGCAGACAGUGAGGGUGAAGAGAAGAAGCCCGUCAGUGUGGCUGCCGACGCUCAUAGUGACUCAACUGCAGAUCCCAGUGAGCCAAUCAGAGGUGGUAAAACUGAGGCAGACGACACAGUCUCCCAGAGUUCAACUGGUGGGUUGGGCGACAGAGCUCAGCCCGCUACCUCCCAGCCCCACACAGAGUCCUCUUCACCUCCCAAGACCCCGUCUAGUGUGAGCCUGGCUGAGUCCAUGCAUUCUAACACUCACAGCUGCAGCAAACUCAGGCCGAGUCGAGUCCAGAGCGUGGUUUCCAGUCAGGGCAGCCUGGACUCAGAUAUGCAGGGUUACGAUGGCGGCAGCAGUGAUUCUGAAUGUGAGAGCCCCACUCUGGAUGAGCAGGAGUGCCAGUCACCACUUAUGGCAGACUUCUGGUUAAUUGUGAAGAUCCACCAGGACAGAGUGAAGGUCUACACCCAUUCCAGGAGCUUCACUGAAGAAAGAGACGUCAGUUCUGAAGAUCUGGAGAAGAAAGAGGAGGAGCAAGAACUGCCUGAAUACCUGCAGCUGCAUCACACUGUUGUCAGGAAAAUUGGGGAAAUCUGCCGAAUAGUUAAUCAGCGUAUGCUGCUGCAGGACCUACACGACAGCCAUGUGUGUAACUCUCUGCUGGUGGCUGAGAGUGAGGAAGACAUCUGGAAGAACGAGUCUUUGUACAGGCAGAGGCUCAAUACAACAGACGAUUACAACACAGAGGAGAGUUACCAGGCCAGAGACUACCUGGCAGCCACCAUGCAGUUCAUUCCAGGACACUUUGCCUGUGAGGUGGUGUGGAGCACCAUCAUUCACAUUCAUCCACGCCUCAAGAUGGGCCCAAACAUGGGGGUGUCCAGAGCGAUCCAGGCCCUGCGCUCUGUCCUCAACUCUUUCUGCGUUGUCAACAGGAAGAAUAUGUUUGUAUACCAGGAGCGUUCGACUAAAUCAGUCUUCUACCUCAGACUCUGUGAAACGUCGCUGACAGGGAAGGGUUCUGACACGGACAGUAAUUUGCACAUGACUCGCUCGGUGGCACUCAUCAGGAGUCAGGAGCCUCUGUUUUCUGAGGACCUCAUGGGCUCCAGAUCUUCUCUAGAGGGUUCUCGGCCGGUUGGACAAGUGGACAAACACAUCUUACUGCUGGUGCAUGGUGUAGGAAAUGCUGGUCCGGAGAUCACAGAUGAGCUGGUCAAGGUGCUACGUAAGCGUCUGGAUGAGACCACAUUGGACAUCAUUACUGUCAUGCUUGUCAGGAACUGCAAGCUGACACCAGCAGAUGUGGAGUUCAUCCAGCCUUUAGGAUCUCCUGCCACUGAAGCGAUGAACUUCAGCCUUCCUCAGUAUUGUCUUCCUUGGCUUCCCGCUGUGGCUCACUACCUCAGACAGAACCUGCUCAUCUUCCUGCAUGUACCCAAGUACACGGACAGCAACACAGCUCACCACUUCAAGCACUACUUCCACUUGAGCAGUGACUUGGCUGAUGGUGAUAUCUACCUCUACAAUAAACCUGGAGGCCAGGGGACAGGAGGAAAAGGUAUCGCCUGCAUUGCCCUCUCAUUCGUGGACGCCACUGGCCGGCCCCUGCAGGUCCAACCUCAAGACUGUGCUUCGCUGCAUAAAUCCAAUAGCUGCUCCAUCCCACUCCACCCAGAUCACUUCGAUGAACUGACCACAGUGGUUAAAGUGGACUCCAUUAGUGUCACCUCAGAGCCACAGUUGUGUGUACGGUUCGACAUCUGGGAACAAGGCAAUGUGAGCCCGUUACAGCUGAGUGAUAAACUACAGGGGGCGCUGCGUCACGCGCUCUGUGACGUGGUCAUGGAACUCAGGGUCCUUCCCAAUCCGCUUUGUCUGGGGGUGUCCUGCCCAGCAACCAAAGCUCAGAAAGAAGAGGCUAAAGGGUUGUUGAUUCCUUUGCCAGAAGUCAAAGAGACAAAGGACAGCUACAGACAGCGUAGUGGCUCCCGUGUCUUCAGAAGCAGCCCCUCGCCCAUCACCUUAACCCAGGCUACAGGAAGCACCCCCAUGACAGGAACCAGCACACCAGAGUCCACCACACCCACCGGAAAAAGCACUCGUCGCAGCUUCUGGGACAUUCUGAGUAAGCCAGACUCAUCAGAGCUUGGGAGCCCGAAGACAACUGACGACAUAGUGCAAGAGAAAGGAGAAGAGGGACGAGCAGCGCGGCGGAGACACAAGACAGAGAACGUCAAACAGCAGUGGAGCCAAGAGAAGGCCAUGGCGGUGGAGCUGGAGCAGGCUCAGAGGAGGCAGGUGUCUCAGUUGGAGGAAGGGGAUGUGGGGACGUUACACCCCAUCUACCAGGUUACUUGCCAGGCCUGGAUCACCUUCAUGGCUAAACUGGGCUGUCCCUCCAUUCAGCAGUGCACCACAGAAAUAGCUUCACACUUCUUGCUCCCGUCCAUCCUGGCAGAGAUUGUCAAUUUGGUCAGUUCUUUGGCCAGUGAUACAACAGUGAAGGCCUUUGAGAAGACCAGCUGUCCAUCAUCAGGAGACAUGUUUGUGCCAUUCACCCUGGUGCAGAACCUGAAUCAGCCUCCAAACACCACAAGAAGCUUCAUCCUCAUUGGACGUAACUUCCAUCAGUGGCACUGUAGCACAGAGCAAGAAGACAGUUCAGAUGAGGAAAACACCCCUGUGCUAAAUAGGUUCACACCUCAUAAAGGCUUCCAGCGAUUCGAGGCCCUGGAGCAGAGCGACUGGUCCAGUCUCAGCCAGGUCGGGGCAGGAGCAGCUCCCCGCCAGAGGUUCCUGUUCAUCACCAUCGUAGAAAAAAAGGUGACUCUAUACAGCUAUAACUGGUCUGUGGACCUGGGAGCCUCUCUGAAUCGUGAGCUGGUGCGUCUCAUUAAGUGGCAAAACGCUAGGGCUCAUGUGGUCCACUGCCUGCUCAACCAGAAGAUGGGCCUCUUCCAUCACUACUGCUUCUCUGAUGCACCCAUCCAUGAAAUGGACCCAAAACAGGAUCCUAACCCGUUCCUCAGCCCCUCCAUGGAGCCUGAUGCGUUGUUGCGUAGCGCCGUCCCUCCCUUGCCCAGCAAAGAGCAAGGCAGGCUGGGAACAUCCGGCCGAAGUCUCGCCCCACUCCAUUUCCCGUCUGAGCUGCUGCCGUUUGACGAGGCUCUGAGGGACGUCUGUACCAUCCGACCCUUGAUGGAGGGAGAUGUGGUGGCCCGACAUGGAGGGCAGCUCCUGGAGAUAAAGGCUGCUGAGCGUAGAGAACUGGAGAAACAGAUGAAGAUCGAGAACCUGUUUGUCACAUGGCAGCAGAGGUCGGCCCAGUCCAAUAUGCCUAUUUCAGCGACAGAUUUGGAGACCCUGAAGCAGUCGUCCAGGCUUGUCCACUACUGCGCAACCCCUCUCCUCUUUGACCCCAUCUUCCGCAAGCAAAUCCAGGAUGAGCAGGUUAUUCAGCCUCCAGUGAAGAAGCGCCACCGCUCCAGCGACUCCACAGCAUCGGGCCGGGAUCGGAGCUACAGCACUGACUCAGCUGAAAUGCUGCCCAGUCGGCUGAAAGAGGAGCCCUGGCUGUUGGAGAUCUCCAGCACCUUCCUCCAGCAGUACGUCCAGUACCUGCAGAGCAUGGGCUUCAUUCUGGUCCAGGUCCGGCCUCAGUCCCCAGCUCGAAGCAUCGCUCGGGCUCGCGCUGCCAUGCUGAGCUCUAUGUCAUCUGAGGGGAGGAUGUCUUUUUCUUAUGUUAAGCAGAAGAGUGAGGACAGCCCGAAGACGACCGCUUCAGGCACCACAGCUUAUCACCUCCAGAGGGCGCUCCCAGGGGGCAUCGUGUUGAUGGAACUGGCUUUUCAGGGGUGUUACUUUUGUGUGAAGCAGUAUGCGCUGGAGUGUUCCCGCAUUCCCAUGGGUCAGAGCGUCAACUCCCAGGGCAGCCUCCUCACCAAACCCCGUUGCAAGCCGUUUCCAGAUGCCACCCCCGUAUCUGACUGUGCGCUCUCCAUGCUGUUCACCGAGGAGUGCGAUAAAGUGCGGGACCUGAUGCACGUGCACUCCUUCAGCUACGACUUCCACCUGCGAGUGGUUCACCAGUAUCUGGUCGGAUGCCACAUGACGCUGCGCCAGGGCUACCAGCUCACCGACUUCUUGGACGACUUCAUUUCCAAUCACCCAGAUAUCCCCAAAUUUGGACGCAACCAUGUUUUCCAAGGGAGCUUCUCCAUCUCCACGGGGAUGAUAACCGCUCAUCAGCUCUACAAUUACAUCACUGACCACGCCAGCACCUACGGCAUGAAGCCCCUCCGCAUGUCCAAAGCGGCUGUCACCACCGACAACAAGAAGGGGACGUCUGACCUACACGAGUACGCACUGGUAGCUCUGUGGAACAGUUCGGGCUCGUACAAGGACCUGGAGGGCCUGCACCAUCAUGAUGACUUUGAUGUGUCCCUCGUGGUAUGCCAUAAUGCCGCUCCAUUUGAGGAGCAGUCAGACGGAGAGAGGCAUUUGCUGAGGCUGCGGUUCUAUGUGAUCAUGACGAGUCAGAGAGAGCUGUUCCCUCGCCUCACCGCUGACAUGCAGCGCUUUAAGAAGCUCCCUCAGAUCCACCGUGACCCUACAGAGCCGGGGGGUCGUUUGCCCCCUGACCGAGCCGAAUUGCACGGCGCCGAACAAGACCUCUGGGAGGAACAGUCACCUGAACCCCCAACCACCUCAGCCCCCAGCGACGGCAACGAGUUCUACCCUCUUCUGGGGCUCACAGGUGCCGGAUCGGACCCUCGGGGGCUGCUCUACCCCUCCCCUCCGUUCCCUUUGCUCAACAACGAGGUGGCGUCGGCCCGCAGAAAGAUUCAGACCAGCGUGGAGCAAGCCAUGGGCCACUGCCGCAGGGACAACCUGUGGAGGAGGCUGUUCCACGGAGAGAACCUGACGCUGGACAAACUGAAGCUCACCAAGCUGUCGUUCAGCGAGCUGGAGGAGCUGCUGGAGGCCGUGCAGAGCCGCUCGGUGGGAGAGAUCGACCCACAGCUGGACUGUUUCCUGACCAUGAGUCCAGCCUGGUACCAGAGUCUGAUCAAAGUCCUCUUGAACCGGUUCCCUCAGAGCUGCAGACACUUCGACGACAACGGCAUUCAGUAUCUGGCGGUCCUCAACCAGAAGGUCACAGACUGCUUCGUUCUGGUCUUCCUGGACACUCAAGCUGGAAAAACAAGUCUGAAGGUGGUGUUCCGGGAGCCGCUGCCAGCCCAGCCUCAGAACAGCAGCAGCCCUCCGCCACAGCUCGUGUCCAUGUACCACCACCUGGAGUCGGUCAUCAACACGGCCUGUUACAACCUCUGGACCGGACUGUUGUAGAGCUGAACACUGACCCAUCUGGCUCCAGGAUCCACAGCAGGAGGAGGACGGGUGGGUGUGUGGGUCCAGGUCUCUCUGGCCCUGGUUUAGAAGCGUUAAGAGCAGCGUCUUACCGCUCAUUUUAUUUAUGCAAGGCCCA